CAAAAGAGUUAGUAAUCUUUGGAGUCUGUAAAAAAGCUUGUGGAGAUGGAAUUCGUGCAGAUUCUGAGCCUUAUCAUGGCUCCUGUUUGCUUCCUCCUCUGCGUUUGUGGCGCUGUCCUCUAUAGGUGUUUUGUUCGUCCUUUGAUAGUGAGGAGAGUUCUCGAGAGGAAUGGGCUGAGAGGGCCAUCACCAUCUUUCCCUCUCGGUAAUAUCUCGACCAUGAGGAAGCUUGCCCGCAGCACAGUCGUCCAUGGCUCCCCAAUGUCCCUAAUAACCCAUGACAUUCAUCCCUUGCUCUUCCCUCACUUUGCGGAGUGGCGGAAAGCAUUUGGAAAGGUUUUCGUGUACUGGAUAGGCACGGAGCCGUUCUUGUACGUAGCGGAGCCAGAGUUGAUAAAGCAGAUGAUAUCAGCGGGUGAUCAUCGAAGCAUGAGUUGGGGCAAGCCAUCUGUUUUCAGAACGGACAGGCAAUCCCUGUUUGGCAAUGGCUUGCUUAUGCUGGACGGGGACAAUUGGUCUCACCGUAGGCACACCCUCUCACCUGCUUUCUUCCCAUCUAAUCUCAAGAAGUUGGCCGGUGUAAUAAUAGACUCCGCUAGCGAUAUGCUGCAAAACUGGGAAGACCAAACGAAGGAUGCAGCUACUGCUGAGAUCGACGUUGAGAAGGACCUGGUUAGAGCUACGGCCAAUGUCAUAGCAAAAAUCACCUUCGGCCAGAGCUACCAACAAGUGAAAGAAGUGUUCGAGGAGAUGAGCUCGGUGCAGAGCGUGCUGUUCCGCAACCAAAGGCUCGUCGGUGUCCCGUUCGGCAACCUUUUCAACCCCAAGCAGUCCACGAGAAUCCAAAGGCUGGGGAAGGACAUCGACCGGCGGAUUCUCUCGGUGAUAGAGACGCCAAGAGCCGGAGGCCACAGCCUGUACGACGACCUGCUGGGCCUUCUUCAGCAGGACCAGAAGAGAGCCGCCGGCGACUCGCGUCAUGGGAAGGAGCUCUCCGAGCAGGACCUGGUAGACGAGUGCAAGACCUUCAUCUUCGGUGGGCACGAAACCACGGCACUGGCACUCACCUGGACCUUGUUCCUCUUGGCCUUGCACCCUGAAUGGCAACAGUCUCUCAGGGAAGAGGUUAUGGAGGUCACCGGAGGACAGCCUAUUGAUGCCAACGUAAUCCCUCAUCUACAAAAGAUGACAUGGGUGAUGAACGAGGUGCUGAGGCUGUACAGUCCGGCGCCGAAUGCGCAAAGGCAAGCGAGGAAAGAGAUGCAAGUCGGAGAAUUGGUGAUCCCCAAAGGGACGAAUAUCUGGUUCGACAUAGUGGGUUUAAACCAUGACCCAUGCUUAUGGGGGGAAGAUGUCAACGAGUUCAGGCCAGAGAGGUUCAAGGACGGCCCGUCGUCGGCGUGCAAGCACAGGCUCGGGUUCGUGCCCUUCGGGCUCGGAGCCAGGACCUGUGUGGGCCAAAACCUGUUCAAGAUGGAGUACAAGAUCGUUCUGUCCAUGAUACUGUCCAGCUUCUCGUGGUCUCUCUCGCACAAUUAUUCUCACUCUCCGGCCAUCGUCCUUACAUUGAGGCCUUCGUCUGGGGUUCCCUUGGUUCUUCGUCCUCUGUCUCGUCCAGGCCGUUCUGCACCUUGAUUUCCGGGAUCCUUUUCUCUGUGCCGUCUAAAACAUUACUGCUCCUCAUGUUACUUGGGACGUUCCAUUGAAACGGCCCCAUUCAGCAUUAUUAUUGGAUGUUUUAAGUACCAUAUUAUCAUAAUUGAAGCCUUCUCAAACCAUACUUUAGAUUACCCAUCAUUUCAAAUAUGAUUUUUAUGCUUUAAACAAGGGCCUAGUUUUUUGUUAUUGUCGGCCUUAUAAGGCUGCCAACAG